GCUGGAGUUCCUGGAGCGGACUUGCCUAGCGCCUCAACCUACCCACAGGGAUUCCCUCUCUAGCCAAUCGCAUUUGAGCAACGGGACUGCCCCUGACAAAGAUGGCGGGGAAGGCCUCCGUGAGGGCAGGCUGAUUUAACACCCAAACCCACGGCGUCUAGGGAAGACAGUGGUAGUAGCGGCGCGGCCCGACCAUGGAGGAGGGCAGCAGCGGUAGCGGUGGCAGCGGUGGCAGCGACAGCAGCACCGGUGGGAGUGGUGGAGCGCAGCAAAGGGAGCUGGAGCGCAUGGCUGAGGUCCUGGUCACUGGGGAGCAGCUACGGCUCAGGCUGCAUGAAGAAAAGGUUAUUAAAGAUAGGCGACAUCAUCUCAAAACCUACCCAAACUGCUUUGUUGCCAAAGAACUGAUUGACUGGCUGAUUGAGCACAAAGAGGCUUCUGACAGAGAGACAGCAAUCAAACUCAUGCAGAAGUUAGCAGACCGGGGCAUCAUUCAUCACGUGUGUGAUGAACAUAAGGAAUUCAAGGACGUCAAACUCUUCUACCGCUUUCGGAAGGAUGACGGCACCUUCCCGCUGGACAAUGAAGUGAAGGCCUUCAUGAGAGGACAGAGGCUGUACGAGAAGCUGAUGAGCCCUGAAAACACACUCCUGCAACCCAGGGAAGAGGAAGGGGUCAAGUAUGAGCGCACCUUCAUGGCGUCUGAAUUCCUGGACUGGCUGGUGCAGGAAGGCGAGGCCACCACCAGGAAGGAGGCCGAGCAGCUGUGUCACCGGCUCAUGGAGCACGGCAUCAUACAGCAUGUGUCCAACAAGCACCCAUUUGUGGACAGCAACCUUCUCUACCAGUUCAGAAUGAACUUCCGGCGGAGGCGUAGACUGAUGGAGCUGCUCAAUGAGAAGUCCCCCUCUUCCCAGGAAACUCACGACAGUCCCUUCUGCCUGAGGAAGCAGAGCCACGACAAUCGGAAAUCUACCAGUUUUAUGUCCGUCAGCCCCAGCAAGGAGAUCAAGAUCGUGUCUGCGGUGCGGAGAAGCAGCAUGAGCAGCUGUGGCAGCAGUGGCUACUUUAGCAGCAGCCCCACCCUCAGCAGCAGCCCCCCUGUGCUCUGCAACCCCAAGUCCGUGUUGAAGAGACCCGUAACUUCAGAGGAACUCCUGACUCCCGGGGCUCCAUAUGCAAGGAAGACAUUCACGAUUGUUGGUGACGCCGUUGGUUGGGGCUUUGUGGUGCGCGGAAGUAAGCCAUGCCACAUUCAGGCCGUGGACCCCAGCGGCCCUGCGGCAGCGGCGGGAAUGAAGGUCUGUCAGUUUGUUGUCUCUGUAAAUGGGCUCAAUGUGCUGCACGUAGACUACCGGACGGUGAGCAAUCUGAUUCUGACGGGUCCUCGGACGAUCGUCAUGGAAGUCAUGGAAGAGUUAGAAUGCUGAGCAGGUGGACAUCCUGGCCCUUAAGUGGCCUGAGGAUGAUCAAAGCCAGGACAACACAAAGCAAUGCAAUGACAAGACUUCCAUACAAAUGGAUGGUUUUGGACACACAAAUUUUUUCUCCAUACAUACACAUCUUGAUUUGAGUUUCGUACACUGUUUGAAUGUGGAAGAACCGGGUAGAUCAUCUUUAAAACAAAACAAAACAAAACAAUUUAUGUCAGUAUAGAAAAAUAUUGAGAAAUGGAAUUUUCUUACAUAGUAGAAUUGCCUUACUUGAUUUCCAUGUGUUGGUCUCACCUGUUGUUUUUUUAAUCUUAGUUUGCAGAAAGUUGUUGAAAUGCUUCUCUGGCCAAAAUAGCAAUGUGCUAAAAUCCCCUCUUAGGAAUCAAUAGAGUAGUUAUUACAGAUUUUAAAUGGUUCUCUUACCAAAAUGAUUAUGGAACUGUUUAUUAAAGGAUCUGAAUCUCACCAACCUUCAAAUAAUGCAGCAUCCAAAGGAAUAUUACCUGUUAACUAGCAUUUUGAAGAAGGUUCUAAAGCAUUCAAGUGCUUAAAAGCCAUUGAAAAAAUGGCUUUUUCUUAAUUCCUGCCUUUAGUAUCAACUUGUAACAUAUGAUCUCAAUUAUGGCAUUAGUUAGAAAACAAAAACCACGUGAUAAUAUGGGUGAGAGAAAUAGGGAGAUAAUACUUACAAUUUUGUGCUCUGACUUCUUUCUGACCCUAAAUAAUUUUGUUCUAUCAAUCAGCUACAGAAGCCUUCUAGAGUUAAUCCAGAAUAUGUUGAAUGUCAAAACAGAGGAAUUUGUAUAUAUACGUAUCAAGCCUCUGGCAAGAUUUCACUUUGAAGUUGUCCCUUUUUAAGUGAAGUGUUCUAGGACUUGGCCCAUAUGUGAUAAAACUUGAAAUUAAAUUGCUUCAUUGGCCUGAAUUUUUACUAGCUUUCUAGCAUGACAUAUUCUAGGGACAUAACAUGUCUUGCUUAUUUGGUGGGAUUAUUUUUCACCCAAACAUUGUCUUGCAUUGUAAUUUUUCAACUCACUGUAUAUACGCACAUUUCUUCUUUUGUUUUAGAAAAGAAUGCAUUUGGGAAUUUGGUGUGUAGAGGAAAUUCCUCAAAGUGCCAAAUUAGGUAGUCAGGGAAUGCAAAAUUCCAUUCUGAACAACCAGGUUUCUUUCUUAUCAUGUAUUCACAAAAUAAAGUACGAAUGCUGUACCUCGGCCAUUCUUUUUGUGAUAGGUUAUCAUAACGUAUUGGUACUGGUAGGAUGGACAUGCCAUGCUAAAGAUGUUACAUAUAUAUGUUUCCGGUAAUCCAACUUUUCUGAUCUGUAGCGUUAGUCAGAGAGCAGGAUUUUGAAGUAACAUAAAAGGUCUAACAAUAGUCCCGUCGAUCUACGUUUGGGAACUAGUAUCGUCUGUGUGUGUGUAUGUGUGUUUAUACUGUAUGCCAGGCUUUGUGCUACGGCACUUAACAUAUGUGAUCUCUUUGAAUCUUCAUCAAACCCUGCAAGAUAGGUAUUAUCACCCUCAUUUUUCAAGUGUGGAAACUAAGUCUGAGCAAACUUAAAAAUAGUCUCUAUGUUCACACAGCUGCAAGAACUCGUAAGAUUCAAACGUGGGCUUAUUCAAUGCUAACGCCCGUGUUACCCGUCCCUCCCCGAGCAUCUCCCCAUUUAGGGACCUAAUGUUGUGGGCUUCUUUUGUAUCCAGUGCUGUGCUAAAACUAUACGUCACUUAUUCCUCCUGACCUGUGAGGUCAAUAUCGUCAUUUUCUCCAUUUUACAUCUGAGGAAAGGACUCAUAGACAGCUUAGUCAUGUACCUAAGGCCACACAGCUAAUAAAUGGGAGACCUUAUGGUUCAGCUUUAAAAGUUUUUAGAACAUCUUUAAAAGAUGAGUCUUAAACGCUUUCUGUGACCAGGGGUUCGUUAAGCGACAAAAGAGGAAGAAUGGCUUCUUCUUGCCAGCCGUCUGUUCUUUGUACUCAUGUCCCAGUGUGCAUCAUCUCAGGCCCUGGCAUACACCAUCCCUUCCCUUUAACCAGUCUAAGCACCAGAGAAGCAUCUGCCUGUCUGUCUUCCACACAGCCUCCUUCCUGCAGGUAGACUUUCUUUGAUUCGGAGAGUGUUAUUGAUAUCUUUGGUCAAAUGAAUACUGAGGGAAGGAGAGAAGGAAAGAAAGGGAGGAACUAUUUCUCCCUUUGGCUCUCAUAGCCUUCAGUUUAAAGGCCAAAUGACGGAUAAUUCAACCGAAGGCCAAGAGAGCUUUACCCUAGCUGUUCUUCAGCCCAUUUUUGACAUCCUUAUAAUGUGAUUAAAGUGAAUGAUCCCAUUCCUGUAGGGGCACUAGUUAGAUUCCUCCAGCCUUUGCACAAUUUCUCCUCUCCGAAAUAUUAUUUCACCUUCUUUGCCUGGGAAAAUCUGUCUAAUUAACCCCCCUUAGAUAUUAUCUUCUCUGAGAAACCUUUGCCCACUCUGUAGUUCUGGGAUUGACUCCCCUUCUCUAAAUUCCCAUGGACCCUUAUGCAUCAACACCCUCUAAUUACAGCAUUGGUAUUUGCUUUGAGGUGGUCCAUCAUGUGUCUGUCUCCCUAACUGCACUCUGAGUAUCUGCAGAAUGUUCCCUUCACCUAGCCCAGUUUGUGACACAGUAGUGUAUCAGCUAUCCACGCUGCCCAACAAACCACCUGCAAACAUGGCUUAUAACAUUCUAUGUGCUCAUGAUCCUGUGGAUUGGCAGUUUGGGCAGAGCUCUGCUGGGAUGGCCAGCCAUUACUCAGUGUGGUGCUGGUUGGGUUCCCACAAACGUUUGUGGUCUGGGAUGGCCCAGCUCAUGUGUCUUGCAGCUGGCUGAGGUGCCUCCAUUCUACCCCGUGUGGCCUUUCCCCACAGCUGCCCAGCCUUCCACAUUAGGCCUCAUGAGUUCAAAGAAGGUGAAAAUGAAAACUGUGGGACCUUUUGUGGACUCGCCUGGAAAGUCACAGUGUUACUUCUGUAGCAUGUUGUUGGUCAAAGCACGUUCGCAAAACUAGCUCCGAGUCAAGAGGUGGGAAAUAGAUCUACCUUUAAUGGGAGGAGCUGCAGAGAAUUUGUGGCUACUUUUAAUCCACCAAGAGUAGGCACUCCCCAUUCAUGGAAUAAAGGACCUAAGAAGUUACCUAGUUAUUGAAAGGCGAGACGCAAAUAACUGACCAAACACUGGGUAGAAGUUUGAUAGGAAGUUGUAAGGAAAGCCCAGUGCCUAAUGAAAACUUCAAAGUUGGAAAAUCCUAAAAUGAUAGUGCCUCACGGAGCCACGGACAGCAGUUUAAUCUUCUGCUGAUGGGGAAACUGCAGUAUGGAAUGAUCAGGGGCCAUGCCCAACUCAUGAGGCUUGUUGAGGCUGGAGCCUGGGCUAGACAUCAGUCUUCUGCCCUCCCAUGACAUGUCCUUUACAAGAUAGCUUUCUGUGGUGGAUGCAAGUAUGGCGAAGCUAGGCCUUUGGCUCUGGGGUAUUCAUAAAAUGCAAGGGGCACCAUGUACCCAUGAAGGUGAAGGGCAUACAUUUUAACUGACUCAGGCCUUGGGUUGUUAAAUCGUAUCAUUAAAAAAAGUAUUUUGUGUGAUAUUUUAACAGAUGAAUUGCUUUAAAAUUUAGGAACUUCAUUCCUGAAUAUAACACCAAGAAUUAUUCUAAAUUAACAGUAAACAAUAUUUCUAAGAGCUUUUAUUUCCUGUGUGUGUGUGUGUGUGUGUGUGUGUGUGUGUUUAUCAGUGUGUGUGGUUUCACUCACUGAGAAUCCCUGAAAUGGCUUUCUUUGUUCCCAGAGAAAACACUUUGAUUUUUCAGGUGUUUGUGUAAUGUGUUCAUGUUUCUGUGAUGGAGGUGGAAAUCUUUUUUGUUUCCUCGUUAGCAUAAUAUGUGGUAUCAGUGCAAAUUUCAAAGCCAUGUUUGUUAUUUCUGCUGUAGAGAGAAAAAUGCAGUUGCCUUUUGGGUUGGUCCUAUUGUGUGGUGUUUUAUUAUUAAUCUCUGAUAAAUAAUUGCAUAAACUGAUAGGGGGACUAGUUGAGUAAUGAUGGGUGACAGGAAGAAGAUAUCCACGUUUGAGUAGAUGAGAUGCAGUCAGCUUCAUAUCAUCUUAUAAAAGGUGAAUGCACUGGGGUGGUGGCAAUUAGCAACUAAAAAUCAUUGCUUUCAGUUCAAAGUGGAGUCUCACAUUUCCAAAUACUCUUUUCAAAUAUUUGUGACAAUAACCUACUUUCAAGACCCAUUUUAAACUGACAUUAACUGUUCUCUCCUGUUGAGUAUUAAUCCUGUUUCAUUUUUGAUCAGCAUAACUCUGGAAUGUUUCAGUUUUGCCAACUGGUUAGAGUCCAUUGAUACCAUUGUUUUAGCCAUUUAUGGUAGGAUUUCAGGUGUCAUACACUUUUCCUCAGUUCAACACCAAAAGGACAAAUCUACAGCGUACCAAAAUGAAAUUCAUCAUCAAAGUUACCUAUGAUAUUGUUAAAUGCAUUAAUAUAUGUACUUAAUAUAUAUGUUUAUUUUUAAAUUAGGUUGAAUUUAUGUUUUCCUUUCUUAAGAAUUAUAGCAGAAUACUUAAAAUUGAAAUAUGAAAAUAGACUGUAUAGAGUGAAAUAAAUGUUAAAUUUUUAAAACAAUGACUUUACGUUUAUAGCAUUUCCUGUCUUUUAGCACAAAUUAGCCACUUUUUAUCCUAAGAAAGGGUUGCAUUAUAAAGUUGCUCUACUAGUAUCCUGUCAGAGAAAACACGUGGGACUCAUAUCUACUUCUCUAAUGUAGCCAAAAGUGCCAUUUGUAACACUACUUAAUGAUGGAUGUUUUCUGAAGCUCUUUUGCCUGAAAAAAGUGCAUUAAAAAGCUUUUUCCGUACUGUA